UUAAGCCUAUUACAGAUAUCUUAGUACAUCGUUAACUAAAACCUAUACAAAUCAAUUAACUCGAACGAAUUAAUUUCUGCUAUGGUGUGGUGUAUACAUAGAAACUCGACUUUUUUCUUUCCUAUUUUUUUAUUUUUGUUCACUCUAAUCCAUUUGGUCGCGUCUUUGGAGUACUAGGCUAUCCAGCGCAAUGCGAUUCAAUUUUUUUCAACUCGUUCGCGUCUCUUUAUUAAUCGAACUCAUCUAAUUUGAAUGUUUAUUCGCAUUUGUAUACGUCACUUGCAACAGCCAGGAUGUCGCAACCGGUUUAAUUUUACUCGAAUUCGGUAACAGUUUCGUAGAAUUCGAAUAGCCAAACGUAUGUGAUUAUUUUGUACACACUUACAAGCAGAAGUGACAAAAAUUUUUCACCACGCGAUUCUCCAACACCACCAACUCAUGAGAAAUUACAUUUUAUUGUCGGUAAUUCUGCAGACACUACACGCCUAUCAAAUAUGUACUGAAACAAAAUGUUCGAUGAAAGCCGACCAGUACAUAUGCCCAAAUGCUAACCUAACCUACAUACCAAUAGCAGCCAUCAACGCCGAACUCAUCGAUUUAUCGGGCAAUUAUUUACCUCAAAUAGAACAAGAUGAUCUGGCCGAUUUCAAGCACUUGACUGUCUUAACCCUUUCCAACGUCAGUUUAAAACUCAUCCAUCGAAAUGCGUUUAAAAAACUAAAAUUCCUCGAAAAGCUCGACCUAUCGAUGAACUUAUUGAAAUUCCUGUACCCUGAUACUUUCUCAGACACGAUAAUCCAACACCUGAACUUGAGCGGUAAUAUAUUCAGGAGACUAGUCAACAAUCAGUUCGCUAUGCCUCAUUUACAACAACUCGACUUGAGCAAUGGAUUUUUGGAAAACAUUCACAAGGAAGCGUUUGCCAGCAGUAAUUCUUUAAGAUGGGUUAAUUUGAGUGUAAAUAAACUGACGACGUUACAAAUAAGCGAAAUUUUACUAUCUUGUCCUCGUUUAGAUUACUUAAUAUUAAACAACAACACGUGGUCGUGCGACUGUGACUUCUACAUGAUGUCAAAAACGCCCAUAGUUUACCAGAAUUCCAUUGGUUUACGAUGCGAACUCGACAAAGAAUACAUUAUUUACGCUAAUAGCACAUCGUUUCUUGAAUUAACGUGCGUCGAUUAUUUGAACAAAACUUACGAACAAAUUGCAGCGAGGAAUUUGGAAAAAAGCACCAGAGGUGAUAAUUCUACGAAUAUGAUCGUUAAUGUUUAUGGAUACGUGUUGAUUGGAUUUACCAUAUUGAUUAUUUUCUGCUGUUGCUGUAAACGUAAAACUGCCAAGAAUGAUAUCGAUGAAUCAACCAAACCACCUCCCGUGAAGGAUAAAAUCAGGAAACCCGAAGAAAAAAAUGUUGAACAAGUUCAUACUUUUGAAAAGUGUAAAGUGGAGUUUCAUCACGAGGAUAAUUUUGAUUUGAAUAAGAUUUCGGUGAGGGAUAAAUAAUUCAAAACGAACAAUGAUGAAUCAUAAAGUUUUUAAUCUUAUGUGUAGUUUAUUUAAAUUUUUUCCUACAGUGUAUUUACUUACAUUUGUUAACUGCAAAAUACAGCAUCUUUUUUUUUUUU